AAGCGGCUCAGGCGGCGCUGGAGCCAUGCGGACCCGGCGCGGGACCGUCCUGMGGCCGCGGGCCGAGCCCGCCGAGCCCGAGGAUGGCCCGGACCAGGUGCCCGGAGGCCGCGCCGGCCCCGAGGAGCUGGCGGACGAUGUGGAGCGCUUCCACGAGGAGCAGUUCCGCUCCGUGAUGGCAGCCCUGGACAGCGGCGAGGAGGCCGGGGACAGCGGAGAGGAGGAGGAGGAGGAGGAGGUGCUGGGGCUGCAGCUGCCCGAGGACAGCGAGGAGGACGAGGAGGAGGAKGAKGAGGAAGAGUUGCAGAACCGGAAUCCUUUCGUGGAGUACAGCGCAGAGGAGGAUGAUGGAGAAGAUGAAGAAGGUGAGGAAGAUGAAGAUGAAAAUGAGAUUGAGGAUGAAGAGGGGGACCUGUCCAUGGAAAGCGAUUUGGAGGAGCGCCAUCCGGAAGCCAAGCUCCCCCAUGAGCUCUCCUGGGGCCAGCGCAAGCAGCUCUACUAUGACACGGACUAUGGGACUGAUGCCCAGGCCAAGGGCAAGCGGAGCCAGCAAGAAAUCGAUGCUGAGGAGGAGGAAGAGGAGCAGGAGGCUCAAGUGAUCCAGAGACGGUUGGUGCAGGAUUUGGGGGAGGAUGAUUGUGGGCUGGAUAUGAUCCAGGGUUACCUGGCUGAGCAGCGGAAAGCCCACAGUAGCAAGGGGCAGAAGAUUGAUAAGGAUCUGCAGGCCCUUUCCAAGAAGGAGCAGCUGAAGCUGCUGAAGCAGGAGUCCCCGGAGCUCCUGCAGCUGAUGGAGGACUUUGAGGUGAAGCUCAUGGAGAUCAAGGAUGAGCUGCACCCGCUGCUGCAAAUGGUCAGAGAUGGCACUAUCCCYCAGGGGAAGGGCAGUCGCUAUUUGCAGACCAAGUAUCAUCUCUACCUCAACUACUGUGCCAAUAUCAGUUUCUAUCUGGUUUUGAAGGCCAAGAGGGUGCCAGURCAUAGUCACCCGGUCAUUGAACGGCUGGUGACGUACAGAAACAUCAUCAAUGACCUCGCUCUUAUAGACCAAAAGCUUUCCCCACAGGUCCGGAUGCUUCUGAGGCACUACUAUGACAAGAAGGAAGAGAAGCUACGGAAGGAAAACAAGUUUUCAGUGUUUCUCACCAUGGAUGGCAAGAAAAACAAACCAGAGCGUGCCUCUGCACCUGUUAAUGGCCAUGCUGCUGCUGCUGCUGCUGCUGAAUCGUCAGAGGAGUCGGAGCUGGAUGAGGAGGCUGCACUCAAAUACUACAAGAUGAUGGAGGAGAAGCUGGCCCUCAAGAGGAAGAGAGCUGGAGACAAAGAUGUGCUUGAAGAAGCGGCGUCAGAAGAAGAGGAUCCCAGUAAAAAGAGAGGAGUGACCUAUCAGAUGAUCAAGAACAAAGGCCUCACGCCCAAAAGGAGGAAGAUCGAUCGCAACCCCCGGGUGAAGCAUCGGGAGAAAUUCCGGCGAGCCAAAAUCCGCCGCAAGGGCCAGGUGCGCGAGGUGCGCAGGGAGCUGCACAGAUACGCCGGGGAACUGUCCGGCAUUCGGGCCGGGCUUAAGAAAAGCAGGAAGCUUAAGUGAGAAUUAUCUUCCUGUAAGAGCUGCAAGUAGCAGUACUGAUCCAAUAAAAACUUUAUACACAAUAUUGUGGGGUUUAUUCUUAAGGAGUCUGSGGGUGGGCUGAUGUUUGUGUUUUUUUCAGAGGAUGCUUUCUAGAAGGUGCCAUCUCCAAGUGGCACAGGGCUCUUUGCACACCUGACUCAUGUCUUAAGGUUUUUUGGUUUUUAUCCUUUGUUUUGGUGCUGUCAUGUUCCCAUAAAAAGAAAAUCUUGAGAAAUUACAAGGGAUGUUUCAGGCAAAGGGAAUUCAAUGGGCCAUGUGGG